AUGAAGACAAUCUUGUGGAACUGUAGAGGUCUGGGAGGACCCUCUACAGUUUCCCAACUCAAGGAUGCCAUUAGGAUCCACCUCCCAUGUUUUAUUUCCAUAUCAGAGACAAAGAGAAAUAAGUUCUUUACAAACACAGUGUUCAAGAAGUUGGGUUUUGCAGAUAGAAGGUAUACAGUUGAACCAGAGGGCUCUAGUGGGGGAUUGUUGUUGAUGUGGAAUACUGAAGUAGAAAUUCUACAAAUUCUUAGCUCGAAUUAUUGUAUACAGGUGGUGUUCAAAAGAGCUAAGGAGGAGUCCAAGGAGUGGCUGAUAUUAGUGUGGAGACUGAAACGAAGUUGUGGGGAUUUUGAUAAGAGAGGCAGGUCUAGAUCACAGAGGAGUUGUGAGAAGUUCAACAAUUUUAUUGGUAGAAUAGGGAUGAUGGAGAUAAAAAUAGAAGGCUACCCUUUUACUUGGUGUAACAACAGAAGGGAUGAGGGAUUUGUUGAAGAAAAACUAGAUAGGGUGUUUGGUUCAUAUUCUUGGCUAUCUGCUCAUAAGGAGGCAAAAGUGUGUACCAGCUACAGAAGCUCUUCAUACCACUCUAUGCUGAUAAUGGACUCGGGGAGUUCUAAGAGCCAUUUUUUCAAGAGAUUUUGUUUUGACAAGAGGUGGCUGAGCAAAAGGGGCUGUAAGGAACAGGUAGAAAAAGCAUGGAAUAGUCCAGUGGAGGGGUCCAUGAUGUUCCUGUUGGGUUCGCUAUACUGUACGGAUUAA